UGACUUCAUCUGUCCAGUGACGAUAAUUUCCCGGCGUGCAUUCCGUGCAUCGCCCGUCAGCCAUAUUAGUCUUGAUGGCUUGUGCAUUGGUUGUUUAUGGAAAGUUUGUUUUUAUGUACGACUUGAGUGCAGUGGGAUUAUGUGAUUACCCUUGAUACUUGGAAUAAUGGAUAUAUCCCCCGGUCUGCACGACAGUCACUCCACAGGUACACUGCAGAUGAACAAAAUGAUUGGACAUGAGGCUUGAAGUUAUCUUGGCGCGGUUGACAUGAGGCUCUAUGGCGCCAGUAACUAUGGACAGGCUCAGGUGCCACACCCGGUCCACUCACAGGCACAACUCAGGCACUCGCACACGUGCAAAAAACAAAUCGAUAGCUGGACGCCCUGUGCGCACAGAUGCAGUGCGGCUGGGCAGCUUCAGCAAGGGUGAUGUACUGCCAAAAAGGGAGGAGCUGCCCCAUACUGCUGAUGGAUACGAUACCCAAGGUGUCCUGCUGGUGCAGCGGUGCCUGAUCGUGCGGCGGGAUGAGAAGGGCUAUGGCCUAACUGUUUCAGGCGAUAACCCCGUUUUUGUGCAGUCCGUCAAACCAGGUGGGGCAGCGGCACGGGCAGGUGUUCACCAGGGUGACCGUAUUAUCAAGGUCAAUGGGACAUUGGUGACACAAUCUAACCACCAGGAUGUGGUGCACCUGAUCAAGUCGGGGGCCCAUGUGGCACUCACCCUGCUCGGACCGCCACCCUCUGGUGGAGGUAGUGGGGGUGCUGGUGGUGGUGAACGGCCCAACAACAACACUGGUGGUGGAACCACCAGCACAGCACCUGCAGCCUCGCCACCCAGCCACCAGCCGCUGGCUUCGAAGCAAUCUUCGGAACGUAUCACUGGGCCCCAGCCGGUAGAUCCUGAGAAGCAACAGCAAUGCACAAACAUUUCGUACCUGACAAUCAAGAAGAUGUUGGAGAAGGAGCAGGCUUAUCUGGUGCAACUGCUGCAGGAUUAUGGCAAAACAUCAUCAGAGAAGAGCCAUACAGAGAUGCAGAGUGCCCGCAAACGCAUUUCUCACCUGGAGAACCAGCUGUUGGCCCUCAAGGGCUCCAACUCUGGUCAGGAGGCCACCGGUGCCAGUUCACGUCCGCGCCCGGGUAUAGAAGCGCGUCGGAGCACGGAAGGCCCCGAGGGGCUACGCUCGAGUUCCUUCCAUGUUGCACCUCACCCGACGAUAGGGCGCCCCCGGUCGGGACCACUGGCAAGCUCGGCCUCAUUGGAGAACCUGUCGCAUGCACUUGGACCCAGCCCAUGGAGUGUACCGACACACUUACGACAGCGUUCGAGCCCUGAGACACUGCUGUGCACCCUUGAGGGCACCCUAGGUCCAGUUGAGGAGCCUCCUGUGGGGCCUAGUCUUGACCUGGGGCUUGUGCCUUCUUCUUGCACAGACAAUCCCCCAGUGACGCCUGUUAGGGACCCUGGUGACCUGACGGAGGCUUGGCGCGGUGAUGACACGACCGAGGAAGCUGACAACACCUCUGAAGAGGGAUUCCUGGAAGGCGAGUUUCCCGGAUUGGACGACAGCCUUGAAGGCCGACCACUACAGUACGGCACUCCCCCAGAGGGACCUCCUACAGGUGGCCGAGUGCCUCUGCAGCAGAGCAGCAUUCUCUCCAUGGACGAUGAGGAACGAACCUCAGACAACGAGUUGACGCAGUUGGGUGACAAUGGUCCUUUCAACAAUAUCUGGAAGCUCCUGCGGCAUCCUGCGCACUUGGCAGUGUUCCUGCACUACUUGCUUUCGAGCCAGAUGAAACCCUCCAGCCUGCUGUUUCUGAUAAUCACGAACUUGUACAAGCUGGGCACUGGCAAGGAAAUGAAGAAAUGGGCCUACGAGAUCACCUCUACCUUCCUGGUGCAGAAUGCGCCUCUUGGUAUCGAGAACAUCGACGAGACCAUCCUGAAGGAAAUUGACAAGGUUCUGCAGACAAGCCAGGAACAGCAGGGCCAGGAAGAAGAGGAACUAAAGGACAUCUUCCUCAAGGCACGUGAGAAGGCCAUGGAGCAGCUCAAGCGCCUACUUGUCGACUUCCGAAACACCCGCACCAUCGGGCUGUCUGGGCUGUACAUGCCGAAUGACGUUACGCUGGACGACUCACUACGGGACAAGAACGCUGAGCUCCACAUAGUUGAAUCCCUGCUGCUCACUGAACUGGAGACGUUAGGGAAGGAGGACCCUGAGAAUCUGUCAGACUACAAGUCCGCACUAGCCUCUGCCUUGGCCACAGUGCUGAAGAGCUUUGGCGUCAAGACGCCCAAUGCAGUGACCCUCAUCGAGCGGUUUCCCACCUUUGUAGCCCGUGAAAAGUCACGCCUGAAGUUCUUUCCUCGCAACAAAAAGUUUGCAUUUCAGACGAUAAACACCCGAGGCCACCACUUCCAGUCACAGCAGUAUCACUGCGUCACCUACUGCAACCACUGCCAGCACAUCAUCUGGGGAGUCGGUGACCAGGGCUACCAGUGCACCAACUGCGAGAUGAAUAUCCACAAGACGUGCGUGCGGGUGGUGGAGGAGCAGUGCAUCGGGUCACUGCGGCACAAGAAAGCCAAGAAGAACCAUCGCAUGUCUGGUCUCAACCUCAUGGAGGGCAUCAAGACCAAAGCACGCCGCCCAAAUGCCCGCCGGGGCACCCAGCACUCCGUGGAGGACUGGACUGGCUCCCUUGACCCGGCCGUGCUACCCCUGGACCCAGAUCGGAGUCGUCCAGAAACCGGGGAUGAGUGCGAAGCUACUGUGGCGGGUGGUGCUGCAGAGCUGCUCGACAGGGGGGCAGCCCGCAAGAACUCUGCCACUGCUGUAGGGCGUUCGGAGAGCUUUCGUCAAAGGAGGGAAACACGGCCAUCUUAUCGCAAGCGCAGUGACCCCAACAUCCCAAGGUCCAAGAGUGAUGUGGACGUUGAUGACAAGCCAACUAACCUCAACAACUCGGGCAGCUCCUCCAACUCCAGCCUGUCCACCAGCAGGAGCUUGGAGAGCCCAAGCCAAUCCUGGGAGGCAGUGCAUCGUGGGGAGGUACCCCCGCUGGGUCCUCUGGAUGACUCGGACCUGGAGUGGGACCUGGAGCCACCAGACUGGCAGGCUGCUCUGGGCCGCGAGACCCUGCGGCAGCUCAAGCCCAAGGAGAAAAAGCGACAGGACGUGCUCAAUGAGCUCUUCCACACAGAACGGUCGCACGUGCGCACUCUGAAAGUGCUUGAGCGCAUCUUUCGGCGACCCUUGCAGCAGCAGGAGCUGCUGGCCCCCGAGCUGCUGCAGAGGCUGUUCCCCAAUUUGGAUGAGCUGCUGCGCAUCCACCAGGGCUUCAGCACCCUCAUGAAGCGGCGGAGAGCACAGGAGCCGCUCAUCGGUGACAUUGGCCCCAUGAUGCUCGCCAUGCUGGAUGGUGAAUCUGGUGAGCGUCUCCAGCAGGCAGUGGCCACCUUUUGCCAGCACCAGUCUCUAGCCCUGGAGGCCCUAAAGGCGAGGCAGAAGAAAGACCAAAAGCUGGCGCAGUUCCUUGUUGAUGCAGAGAUGCACCCGCUGUGUCGGCGGCUGCAGCUGAAGGACUUGGUUGCGGCAGGCUUCCAGAGGCUGACCAAGUACCCGCUGCUCAUUGAGAAUGUGGCCAAGCACAGUGCUCUGGGCUCACCCGAGCAUGCCCAGCUGCAGCACGCCCUGCAGUGCUCCAAGCGCAUCCUGGCACACGUCAACCAGGCCGUGCGCGAGGCUGAGAACACCCAUCGCUUGGCCGAGCUUCAGCGGCGCCUGGACAAGAGUGCUUUGGACAAGGUAGAGAACCACCCCCUGAGCCCAGUGUACAGGCAUCUUGACCUCAAGCGACACCGACUGGUGCAUGAGGGUGCACUAACAAUGCGGCUGCCACGUCAGAAGCCACUUGAUGUCCAGCUGGUGCUGCUAGAGGAUCUAUUGCUGGUUCUUCAGCGCCAAGAUGGUAGUGAGCGGCUGGUGCUACGCUUCUAUUCCGUGAGCCUGCCGACUGCCACAGCAGAGGACCGCAUGUUACAGUGCCCCGUCAUGCGGCUGCAGCACCUGCAUGCCCGUGACGUUGCCACUGACCCGCGUGCCUUCUUCCUCCUUGACACGGAACCUGAGCAGCGUGCCAUGUGGGAGUUCGCUGCCGCGUCGGCCGUUGAGAAACGCGGGUGGCUCGAGCACAUUGCCGCUGCCACACGGGCACACGCGCCCCCUGGCGAUGACGAAGGCAAGCAUGCUCCUGAAACGCCCUCGGAGGACACACCUACAGUGCUCGACACUGGUGUGGCAGACCAUGAGGACGAGGAAGAAGAGGUGCCUACGGACAAGGAAGAAGGAGGGAGCAGAGAAGAUGAGGAGACGACGCCUCCAGCCUCGGUGGCAGAACAGACGGAGAGGAGUGACAAGGAAGAACCUGCCAAGGAGGAGGGCCCUGACAAAGAACAGGGGGUGCUGGCCGGUGCUCCAGUGGCAACACCUACAGUGGCCCAGGGAGGCCUAUCCCUGGUUGAUUUCCAAGAGGUGGUGGUGGUGCCCAGUGCUCCCUGUGAAACGGCCACACCUGUGCUCACUCCCAUUGAGCAACUUCGGCGCCAGGACCAACAGGUGCUCUCCGCGCUGGCUGAGAAGCAGGCACUUCUUGCAGAGAUCCUGAGAAUUCCCAGUGAAGACUAUGUUCACAUGGCUGAGAUCUCGGAAGAGAUGAAUGCUGAGAAGGGCCUCAUGGAGCUUCUGCUGCAGGUCACCUAUCAUGCGAACCAACUGCCAGCGCUGAUCAAUGAAGCAAUGAACAUCUCAGAGGAGGAUGCUGUGGCUGCUGCCUCAAGCCCUGAAGGUGCAGCUCGUCGUCCAGGGGUGUGCCCUCACCGCCUGCUGUCGUCUGUACAGCCACUGCUGCGUUACCUCAGUCUGCUCGCUCCAAGCCUCGCUGAGCUGGAGCAAGAGAGACAGCGGUUGCGCCUAGAGCUGUCACGCCUGCAAGACGCCCGACAGCCGCUGCCCUGCACAGAGGACGAUGACAGAGGUGUGAUUGCAGUGCCCAAUGACGACAUGGCUGCCGAGUGCUGCCGUGAGGCUGCUGUGCAGACACUGGAAGAGGCAGUCUGCCACUGUCCAACUACCGACCUGGAUGCAGAAGACGAGCUCCCACAUGACGAACCACAGCCAGCUCAGGCGCAGCCCGUCUACUUUUGAAAAGCACAAGUGCCUACUGCAUGCCCGCCCCUUCACCAGUUGUAGAUACCUUGCCCAGAGGAGGGGAAGGGCACUGUCACCCCACUGCUGCUGUACAUAGUUUUUCUUUAUUUUUUUUCUACGUGUCUGCCCUAUCUCUUUAAUUUAAUGACAGCAAAUAAACCAGUUGGCCGUGCAUCAAACGGGGUGGUCUCCCAUUAGCAAAAUGCCUGGUCAUGAGUUCUGAAGCAGGGCUCUGCAAACUGUGGGCAGCAAGGCUUCGUUCUCUGGUAAAUGUGGAAACCCAGCCUGGCUGGAAGUAUAGAGCUUCACACAGCUAAUUAUUGGAGGGCGAUUUGGCACUGUUUCACCACCACAUUGGACUGGCAUGUAAUGAACGUAUUUUAUUUGACUUGGCCAGAGGCUUGCUUAAAAAUUUAUUGUUGCUUAGUAGCAUUCUUUUAUUUUAAUAUUUUUUAUGAGGUAACCUUACCACAAGUGCCCCUGUCUAAGUACAUGGGAGUCGAAAAAUCACUUGCUAGUUAUCCACUAAAACAAUUAAGGUGUAGUUUGUUGGUUUUAAUAUAAAAAGCUUGUCUACUGGCUGUUAGACGCAAUUUUAUUUUAUACCUUCACUUUUUCUUUCAAAAAUUGAAAUUCUUCAAAAUUGAAGCAUUAAAUUAACAGUUAUAGCUCUGCAGCAAGCACAGCUGUUGUAAACUGUAUGAAAUGUUCAAAAUAGAAGAAAUGUGCAUUCCUUCGAGUUGUAGGAAUGUUUACAAAUAUGACAUCUUCAAGGUUAGUUUAAACAGUGCACUUACUUACAUAAACUGUAAGCAAAUGUGUCAUAUUCUUCAGCUUUAAAUACACUAUACUUUGUUUCAUACUUAGCAGGCAAUGCUGCUGAAGCUAUGCAAGUAGUGUGUUCAGAGAUGGCUCUCACUCCACGCAUUUUCCGGUGCAGUUGUCUUUGAUCAGCAAUGCUUUGUACGGAAUGUAUGUGUCAUGCGUAUCACAACUACAACUUGUAAACAAAAGGGGAUGUUGUCACAUAUUUGUGCGCCUUUGCGCUUCCAGUAUGUGACAUGCUGGGUUUUGGUCAUGAACGCAAGCGGUGUGCUGUGGCUGCUGGUCACGAAAACCUGUCGCUCCAUUUAGAUCUUAAAUAGGGUCCUAGCCACGACACCUUCUUUCAUGUAAUAAUUAUGUCACAUUUUGCGACAUAGAAAGUAUGCGACAACAUUACAUCGAAUUACAUGAUGCACACCUGUAUGUUUGGUUCAUGUGGAAUGCACUACUUUUUUGUCGCAAAUGCAAGCGUUGCCUGCUAUGUUUGAAAUGGUGCAUAAUACUAGUUUACAAGAUCACUUUUUUUUUUCUGUUCGCAGUUUGAGUCAUAAAAUUGAUGCUCUGACUUUUUUCAAAUAGGUAUUCAAAUUUUUUGAAACGUUGUAAGACAUAUGAGACUCUAAAUAAAAAAUUAUGCAUCCAGCAA